AAUCUAAAAAACCCAGUCCGAAAAUAGUCUUCCAAUAAUUCAAAACUGAAUUUCAGCUCCAAAAGUGUCCAGAUUUUUAUACUUUUCUACAAAAAAAAUCAGAUAUUUCUAUAUUUUCUGCUGUUCAGAAGAAAGUGAAAUGUGCUCGAAUACUCAGGAACGUGCAACGCGUGCCCACGAGCCGGGGCGAGUGUGCCGAGAGUUUCUCUACUUGCGAUCGAAGCGGCCCAAUCGCGUGGUUCCCGCCUUCACCUAUCAGGCUCUGCAGAAGAACACUGUGGUAAAGCCUCCUCCAAAGAUCGACAUUUUCAAGCGACGACCCGUGAAGGAGACAGUUUUUAAGAUCUAUUUCAGUCGCGGGGACAUCCCGUGCGUCCUGGCCGGUCGCAGCAGCAAGCAGGACCCCACCAAAGAUCGCUCUGUGCGCUGGACCUGCGUGCCAGAGGAGCUAGACUACUGCUACUAUCUGCCGAUCUUCGUAGACGGGCUGGCGGACAUGAACAGCGACACGCGGCUGCUGGCCAUCAACGGAGCCAUCGACCUGAUCAUUCGGUCGCCCAAGAAGGUACUGCCCGUGCUGCCAAAACUGAUUCUGCCGCUGAAACGGGCCUUCCAGACCCGCGACAAGCGCAUCAUCAUCUCCGCCCUUCAGGUGGUCCAGCUUAUGGUGCGACUGGGUCCCUGUGUUGGAGAGGCCUUGGUGCCGUUCUAUCGCCAGCUGCUGGCCGUGUGCAACAUUUACAAGAACAUCAACGUGAAUCUGGGCGAGGGCAUCGACCCGGACCGCAGCAAGCGCAUUGGCGAUGUCAUCGAGGACACCCUGAAGCUGCUCGAGUACUGCGGCGGUCCGAACGCCUUUAUCAACAUCAAGUACAUGGUGCCGACCUACGAGAGCAGCGUCUUUCCCCGCUGCGAGAUGCCGGCGCCAUCGUAAUCAAUUCGACAUCUCGAUCUAAUCAAGUUUUGGUUUCGAUUUUAGUUUAUUAAGUUUCGUUUUUCGGCAGGGAAUUACUAAAACAAAAUCCAACGAAAUUGUUAAUUUUGUGAAUUUUAAAAUCAGAGUACAUUAAAUCCAUAGUUACAUGCAUUCAAUAA